AGGACGCGCACAUACUUCCGAAAUCUCUCAGACACACGAACUUGCCCUGAACGAGCCUCAGAUCCCAAAAGAAAUCGAUUCAAACGCCCACAAAAUACUUCGAUUAUCGUACACCUUCUCGCAGGCAAUAUGGCGUUCGGAAACGUCAUCGUCCUCGGCUUCGUCUUCGUUUUUUUGCGGAGUGCGUCUUGUUUGCCACGGAAUGCUGCUCCUUCUUUCCUUGAAGUCGGAAGCUGUGCCUCGAUCUCGCUCAUGGAAGGCUUCGAACCGGAGGAGUACCUCGGCACUUGGUACACCAUAAGCAAUGUUCCCAACUCCUACAUACCUGUCAAGAAAUGUAUGACAGACACUGUUACCAUGCAAGAUGUAGAUAUGAAAAUAGUAACGAAAGGCUUUGGUGAAGACGACAGCCCGCAGAGGUCAGAGGCCGUUCUGUCAGAGGUCAUGCCGUUCAGCCCGUUCGAGGACCCCUUCUUGCAACUUCGAGCCAGCCUCGUGCCCCCUGUCCCCUACCACAUCGUCGAGACGGACUACACCUCCUACUCUUGCGUGUACUCGUGCUUCGACCUCCUGAACAUCCGGGCGGAACUGUUCUUCAUUCUCUCGAGGACGCCGGAGAUCUCGCCCGAGGCCAGACGGCGGUGCCUCGACCUCUUCGAGGAAAAGGGCGUCGACACCGGGAAGCUUCAGGAGAUGCAGCAGGAGGGGUGUCCGCGAGAGGGGGAGGGGGUAGGGGAGGAGGUCGUGGAGGCUGGGGAGGUCGUCGAGGAGGAGGUCGUGGAGGUGGGGAGGUCAUGGAAGGAGAACGCGGAUGAGAUUCCUGAGGGUUCCGGACGAAGGGAUUCUGAAGUUCGGGAAGACGCUGACGGUUCUGCGGCAGGUGAAGGACGUGGCUUCGAGGACAAUAAGGACUCUUCUGCAAAUGAGGCGCUAUCAGUUGACCCGAAGGCUUGCUCUGAGGAGGCCGACGGCGAAACUUCAGCCGACACGAGACACACACAUUCUGAAUCAGCGAAAGACGGCAAUGAAAUUCCUGUAGAUGAGCAGAGGAGAGACGAAAGAUACAUGUCAGAGGAAGAUUACGGCGUCUCCUUCCUCGAGGGAGCCGAAGACAUCGUCCACGAACUCGAAGAGGACGUCGUCAGAGCGGUGGACAUCAUCGAGAACUCGGCGUCGGAGCUGAUCGAGGAGACGUCGGAGAUCUUGGAAAUUCAAGCGAAAGACGGCAAGAAAACCUCGUUCGAGAGGGACGAGCGCACGCGCAGCCAGGGCCUCGAGGAAGGAGGAGACUACUCCGGAUCUUCGAGUCCUCCUCCACCCUCGCUUCCCACGGCAGCCUCGAUGACCUUUGCUGCCCUCUGCCUCUUCCUUCACCGUUAG